GAAGAAACCAGACGUCAACUGGUUUAAAUGUUUGAAACCAGUUGCUUCCUUGUGGAGUUUUGAUGCUGCAACAAUUUAACAGGAAAUCAUGGAAGUGUUUGGGGAUCGUAUCAAGCUGGUGGUGAAAACCUUCAGGAGGGAGUGCCACAGGGUUCUGCAGUCAGAAAGAACCACCAUUCAUGGAGCUGACGGCAUGCUGAUGAUGCUGCAGCUGGCCAUGGCAGAAGUUAAUAAGCAGCUUGGCGGAGAGUUCAGAGUGGCUCUGAGUGACGUCCUGAUGGCCUGGAAACACUUAUUGUUAGGCAAACUCCACCUGCCGCCCCCCAGCUCUGCACGCUUGGAGAACUAUGAUCUCAUCCUGGAGGCAUACGAAUCCCUCCUGAAGCGCUCCAACACCAUGGAUCUGGUUGACGUUCUCUCCAUGUACAAACAGCUGAGAGUGGUGGACUCUGACCCAGAGGAGCCUGUAAGCCCGACCCAGCUGUUUGACUUUCUAACCAGUAACGUCGAGGUCCCAGAUUUGCCAGACUCAUCAGUCACUUCAACACCGUCUAGUAAAAGCAGGUCCUGCAGCUUCCAGGUCAAAAUGGCUGUGAGACGAGUGUUCUGCUCCUACCUGAGUUUGCUGGUGAACUCCAAAAACGACCUGGCCUUGGCGCUCACCCUCGAUGUCCCGACUCGAUCUCUGGGACAACAGGCGUUUACUGACAUCAAGCACGCCGCGUAUAACAGCAAAACGUCUCUGUUCUUGGCUGUGACAUCUUUUAUAAGAGCCAUCCAGCUUGGAGGAAAGGGCUACGCUCCAGCAGAGUCUGAUCCACUCAGGAAACAUGUCAAGGGUCUGUCCGGCUAUGUCCAGUUUCUAGACAACCUGGAAGAAAUACUGGGGGAGAGUCCUGACCCAAGCGUUUGUGGAGCCAGGCUGCUGUCGGCCAUCAGGGCUGCGCUGGUGAAGGGACGCAGCAGCGGAGAUGCUGUUUACGCUGCGGCAGAACACGCUACAACCGAGCUGAAGGAGAGGAUCGUCCAAAUUCAUCAGCUCCAGAAACAGACUGCUAACGAGCGUGGGACAGGGAUAAGUCCUGCCAGGCCGAAAGCAUAUGCGGUCAAUCACGCCACUGCAUAUGUAGGUCGAGACACUGUGAAGGUGCUCGUGUCGCUGCUGGACGAAGAAGCGCUGGUGCCUCCGUGUCCGAACAAGGCAGACCUGCUGUCUGAGGAUCAGCCYGUCCUCAGUGGAGCCGAGGGAACCUGCAUCCUCAUGCUGUUCAGAUCCCCUGAAGUGCCUGCUGGAUGUUCUCCAGAACCCCUGAGGAACAGAGUCCAGAGUCGGCUCAACCUGCUCAAACCCAAGCUCAAAGACAAUGCAAUACGAUCCCAGUUUGCCUGCACAUACAAAGAUGAAGAGCUACCACUCAACCGAAUCCUGGACUUCCCAUCCACCAGCCAGAUGCCGACCUGCCUGCACCCAGCACCCAAGCUAAAAACCACCUUACAUGUGGUUGACAGCAUCGGCCCUGAUGUGGAAGAAACUAGAGGAGCAGCCAAGUCGACCCGCGAACGCCGGAAAAAAGAGCACAGUAAGGCACACCAGGAGACUCUCAGGCAGAGAAGUGGAAACGCUCAACGCGAAGGUGCAGGAUCGAGUGAAAAGAGAGCUGGCGAUCGGGCGCAGAACAAGGGUAACAAGAGGAAGCAGCUGGAUUCUGAUCAGCACAGCAGAUCUGAGAAUGAGCCUCCAGAGAAGAAACCGCACGCUCAUGUGUCAGUCAAAGUGCCCGGCAAACAUGUCUGCAAGACCUCAAAUAAAAAGAAGCUACUAGCUGGACAGGCGAAGCUAACCAGCUUCYUCAGGGUUUAGACUUCACUUUCAACAAACUGUAACACAAUUGGGUUUUAAAAUGUUUGUGAAAAUUAACUUAAUAGUUGAUUUCACCCUCUGGCACAUUUUGGUGCAUGACCCCUCCAAAACACUAUUUAAUUAUCUUACAUUUUGUCACUUUUUCAUUUUUCAAAAGUUUAAUGAAAUGUUUACUAUCAUUCAGUUUUGCUGUUACGCAAUGAAAAUUAGUUGUCGUUUCAAAGUUGCCUAAAACAGGCAGAAUUGGCUAAUGGCAGCUAACUCAGAUUUGUUUUUCUACUUUGUAAACAAGCAGGGUAAAAUGGUUGUUUAAGAACAUUUGAUAUUUUAAAUUG